GCACCAGAGCCAACUCUGAUGACAUGAAGACAGAAUGUAAUCUGUGGCCCCUUCGUGUUUGAGCUCAGUGUUUGACAUAUAACAUGAGACGUGAACUGGGGUUGAGGUCUGUAUAUUAAUAGCAGCUGGGCGGUGAAGAGGCCUUUCUUGUUUAUUAAUAGUUACUGAAAUCAAACAGAGUUAAAAGGUUGGAAGAUUACUGCUUGCAAUAAUACUGUCAUAAAAAAGAAUAAACUGGGACAUAAGGAUAUGUUCGCUUAGUAGGUAUUAAAUAAAGAACAUUAACAUAAAAUCAGUUUCAUAGGACUAUCAGUUAUUACAUUGCAGAUAUCUAAAAACAAAUUUUUACUAAACAACUGCAUUUUGACUAUCUCGAAUGGUAAUUUGUCAUGUUUUGAUUGUUGAUUCUGUUGCAUGACUUUGUGUUUUUGUGUUUGUUAUGAUGUAAAGCACUUUGAAAUUCCUUGCUGCUGAAAUGUGCUAUACAAAUGAAAUUUGAUUUGAUUUUGAUUUCAUUUAAGAUAAUUAUAAAUAUCUUAAUUAACUCAUAUGACAAGUUAUAAACCAGUUUCAGAUGAUUGGAAUGUAAAUGGUGAGGCUGAUUUUAUAUGUAGCCGGCCUGUCAGAGCCUGCGCCCCAUUGGCGGAUCUCCUUUUGUUUUGCCUUUGGAGACGCAACAUGACGCAGCACCCAGUGAACAUGGUGGAAAGUUGGAAGAGUAAGGCUGGCUUCGAGGAGGCUAAAAUUAAAAAGAAGAAGCUUUCCAAACAAAUUCAGCUCAAUGUGCAAAGUUUGCAUCUUUUCCCAAAACUGAGCUGGCAGCUAGCAACGUCAAAUGAGGACAGAUGGUGAGGCAAACCACUGUUCAGUUCAGUCAAUGAAUUGCUCGGGGUAUAACGUAAUGUUGCAUAAUGUAAAUAUCUCUAUGACAAGAUGCCCAAUAAAUUGUAAACUUUGCCCUAUAUUUUUACUUAACAUGUAAUAUUUUAACUACAUGAUUUAAGUAACAAUAAAGUGGCCUUGUCUGAGACAUGAAACUCUGAGGCUGAAAAUGUGACGCUACAUGACUCGGGCUGGUUUGUCAUUUAUGCUAGGCCGUUUCCAUUUAAAAUCCGUUACAUUCCAGCAAUCCAAAAAUGAAUGUUUGACUUCAUGAGUGUUAAUUUAAGAAUUUAAGAUAGUUAGGGAUAUCUUAAGUAACUAUAAUGUCUACUAAUUUGAGAUGGUUGGAAUGUAAACGUGUCCGGAGUUCCCAUGCAAACGUGCCACAGAUCCAGCUGCUGCUGAUGUGGAGAGGCCUGUAGCUGAUUGACCCACAGCAAAUGAAACUGGCACGCUGAAAGACAAACAGAGUCUGGGCUCCAGGUCGGAGUGAGAGGACUAGAGAUGGUCAGUUUUACAGUAUGAACGUCGGCAGCACUGCUGUCUGGUCCUGACAAGAUGAGGGAGGAGAAGCUCCACCUGUCCUGUGGACAGUCAUCCUGGACCAUGUGCCUCCAAGUUCUGCCUUCGUACCUGCUGGCCGGUCAGGGUAUGGUGACAGCCGGAAUGCUGUUGGACCGCGCACAGCACUGGCAGGUGUUCCAGCAGAUCUCUGAGGUGUUCGUCUUGGUGCCGGCUCUGGUGGGGCUGAAGGGAAACCUAGAGAUGACACUGGCAUCCCGUCUGUCAACAGCAGCCAACAUGGGGCAGAUGGACGAGACUCGGCAGCGCUGGAGGAUGGUGCUCUGUAACAUGGCCCUCAUUCAGGUUCAGGCUACAGUUGUGGGCUUCCUGGCUGCCGUAGCCGCCGUGGCUCUGGGCCGUCUGAGCAGAGAGAGAGUGGACGGUGUCCAGGCUGCCAUCCUGUGUGCCAGCAGCAUCAGCACUGCUUUCAUUGCCGCACUCGCUCUAGGGCUGGUGGUGGUGGCUGUGAUUAUUGGCUCCAGAAAGCUGGGUGUCAACCCGGACAACGUGGCCACGCCCAUCGCUGCUAGCCUCGGUGACCUCAUCACCCUGUCCCUGCUUGCUGGGGUCAGCAGCUUCUUCUUCACCUACAGAGAUCUGUGGUACCUGCCCACCGUGGUGGGGGGCUUCUUCCUGCUGCUCACCCCCGUGUGGGUCAUCAUCGCCAGCCACAGUCCACCAAUCAGAGAAGUCCUAAAGUCAGGAUGGCAGCCGGUCAUCUUGGCCAUGUCUGUCAGCAGCAUUGGUGGUCUGAUUCUGGAUAAAACUGUGAGCAACCCCAGCUUUGAAGGCAUGGCUGUGUUCACCCCCAUCAUCAACGGAGUUGGAGGAAAUCUGGUGGCGGUCCAAGCAAGCAGGAUGUCUACCUACCUCCAUUACUGGAGCGUUCCUGGAGCUCUCCCAGUAAAAAUGAGUGCUGACUGUCCUGGACCCUGCACCGCCUUCUGCUCCUCAGAUGUGAACUCUAAAUCAGCCAGAGUUCUGGUCGCCCUUGUGGUACCGGGUCACCUCCUCUUCCUCUACACAGUCCAGCUGCUGCGGGGAGGCCAUACCGCCAUGACGCCUACCUUCAUCAUCUGCUACCUGUGUGCAGCUCUGCUUCAGGUGGUGGUUCUGCUCUACUCUUCCGUCCUGAUGAUCCGCUGGCUGUGGAGACGGAGCUUGGAUCCAGAUAACUACUCCAUCCCCUACCUCACGGCUCUGGGGGACCUGCUGGGAACUGCUUUCUUGGCCCUGACCUUCAGGUUUCUUAUGACGGGCAGCUCUGAAGAGACCGGGCUUCUGGUCAGCACCAGUACCUGAUGUGAAAGACUGAAGCACACCGCUGAGCUCACUGCAACUGCAGUUGAAAGACAAUGAAACAAAAAAACAGGUGGUGACUUAAUAAUUAGAGAUGCUAUAAUCUGACUUUGGAUCAAACUAUAAUUCUGUCACAAUCAUUAUUCACUAUAAGGGAAAACAAAAUGCUCACAUAAUGUGUAGCUUAAAAAACAGCAACUCAGAUUUUGUUCUGCUGUCAGUCUUGAUUGUUUAGGUGAUCUUUAGUAAACUGUCUGGACGUUACGAUUGUCUUUGACGAGCUGCAAGAAGUUCUUCUCAAAAGAGAAAAGUUCUGCUCCACAAAUUUUCCCUCAGUAUGCCCACUGCUAACGCAGAACAUUAGAGGUCUCCCAUAAUAAAAGAUAAAAACUUUUAAAACAAAUUUGAAUAAUUAGCUGAGCUUAAUGCCCUGUUUGAUAACUAGGAUCAAAGGAAAUGUAUGUGUGAGUGAAUUAAAAUUACCUUUUUUGUUUAGGCGCAUUGAGAUGACAUUUGUUGUGAGUUGGCGCUAAAGAAAUAAACUGAACUGAAUUGAAGCUCAGCAAAUAAUAACCAAUUAUUCCUCCUGAUCCCUUUAAGCUCCGCCCCUUUCCCAGGUUCCUCCACAUCUGUAGUUGUUAGUGAUGCUGAUGUUCUGAACAGGAGGGACCCUCAAUCAGGUUCUGCUUGAGGCCCCAUAUGACCUUAGGACGGCCUCGUAUGUGCCAUUUGCUUAACUGAAGCAUGGUGGUGGUAGUAUCAUUCUACCAGGCUGUUUAUUGUUAGCAGAACCUGGGGAAACGUGUUAUGGAUGGUGCUAUAUUCCUGAAGAAGCCUUUCUCAGAAGAGCUACAUUACCACACGCUGCUAAUUGGCAGUGUUUGUGGGUUAAGGGUGAGAUUUCAGUCUUUUAGAAGAAUCUCAGUCUGGUUAAGAAUCUGUCGGCAACAGAAGAGCAAUGAAUGUCAACAGAGCCAAGAUUAUGCAGUUUAAAGGUUAUGGGCAGGAGAUGAACAGAUGCAACUAUAGCAUAUGUAAGAAAUUUAAGCUAUUGCAAAAAGGGGAUCGUUAACUCCUGACCUAAGGUUAUGCAAAAUAAAUAUUUAUCACGAGAAGAUUGAUGUAGGUUACAAUGUAGGUCGUUUUGCAUAGAAAAAACUUAAGAUAUGUAAGAGUAAAACGACACAUCACAAAACAUGUGUAAGCUAAAAUAUGUGAGAACUUCUAUUGAUAACGGAGAUAAAUUCUCCACUAAAUCCACUAAUAUAAAGCGAUUCCUCACGAGUUGCAUUUCCAUUAACAGUUAAAUUGUGCAGAUUGAAAUUAUGAAGAUAAAUUUGCUUAAUGGAAAACUCGUCCAUUAAAAAAAAUGAACGUUUUUAAAUGAAAAGUUGUUGUGCUGAGAUGAGGUGGUUUCUCAGCCGUACCAAAAAUGGAUAUAUUCUACAAAAGUGCAAUGGAAACACUUCUUUGCAUCACACGAGUCACGUGAUGGUUACUACUGGUGGAAAACAUAAAUAAGACGACAGGAAGUAGUAGGAGGAUGACGGCUUGUUUUUGAGUAGUUCUCCCCCAGAACUCUCACAGCAUCAGAGGAUUCAUAAAAAGUUGUCAUUCCAACCUGUUGAAUCCACAGCUCUUCUGGAAAACGGAUGACUUCAAUUUCCCCAAAACGCCGCAUAGGUAGCCGCUCCCAUGUAGGCCUGAAUAAAACGCUGACGUCUCCUGAUUGGCUGAUAAAUGAGAGCGAGCUCUAUGGUUGAAUUAUGGAUAUAUUUCAUGUAACUGUUUACAGCCAUCGCUGCCAUGAUUUUUAAUAACUUUUCAUGUGAACAAGCUUAUUCACGUGUGAUUUUAAUUUCAUUUCUUAUUUCAUGUCAACAUUGCAAUUGCGAAAAUGUGUUUUUUUUAUUGACAUUAGCAGAAUAUUGACAAAGAUUUGUGCACAAAUGUAACGGAAAUGCAGCUAGUAUUUCAUUCUGCUCUGAUUCCUGGUAGAGCUUCCUGGUCAGAAUUAGGUCACAGAUCUGACCAGUUCAACGUAAACAAAUAAACAAGUAUCCAAGUAAGAAAAAAUGUAACUAAACUUCUUCAGUACUUUGGUCCUUAGUAUUCCUCCGUUAUUCACAUGCAGUUUAAUGGGUUCAAAUUGAAAUAGUACAAACACCAAUUAUUGCACGCCUAUUGUUAUUGCUAGAUGGUAGGUGAUUAUAUUAUGACCAAUAGACAUAAUUGUGUGUGUAUGUUAACAUAAAACAGACACUAUAAGGCUCUUGUAUUAAACUUGUCUCUGUGUUAGUAUGUGUUCCUAUUGACAAACGGCAGUAUUUGAGGUCAGAUGGUU